AUGUCCUUCUUUCGACAACUCUAUCCAAGGCAACCUGUCACACAUGUACAACUCCCCAAUAUGCACGAGGACUCUGGGGCCGAGUGGGAGUCAGAGGCGCUUUUACUUCGACCGGGUGACCGCCAACCAAAUAAACGACGAGCGCUGGAAUUUUCACAGUCGAGGUUAUUCAUAAGGCUAGCGCUGGCGCUCAUCCUUGUUGCAUUGGGUCUCCUCCUUGCUCUCCUCGUUCCGUCGAAGCAUAUUCCAAGAAAGCAGACCACGAAACCCUCCAAUGUGGCCGAGCUCGAAACUCCCGACUUCUUCCUCCCCGCCGCACGCGACUCCGUCGCUGUCUUGCGUGCUCGCCAAUCGGCAACGUUGGCACAGGCAGCUGCCCGUUAUACUCUUAAAACGGGACGUACCCCGCCGCGAAACUACGACCUCUGGUUCCAAUUCGCCAAGGAGCAUGAUUGCCUCAUUGACGAAUACGAUCAGAUACACCGGGACUUCAAGCCAUUCUAUCAGCUUGCGAAGGAGGAUCCAGUUUUCUUUCAGAGGAUGAUUGAUGCGGCCUCGAAGGCGAUCAGAGAUCACGACAAGGAGAUGGCCCGAUACGAGAUUAAGGAUGGGACGGUGACACGAACGCCAGGCGCGCAGACUGCCUAUGCGGGGGAUUUGCCAAUCACCUUGGGCAAAUUCGCGCACAUCCUCCCUGACCUCACUGUCAUUAUAAAUGGCCGAGACCAGCCGCGGGUGGUCUUCGACGUGCGCCAAACUGGGCGGGCCAUCCGUGAACGCGCUUUGAAACUCACCGAGAAGGCCGCAUUCGACAUUGUGCCAAAACCUGAAUCAUGGCAAUACUUCGCGAAGCAGCCUGGUUGUACGAUUAUGCGAAGCCCUGCGGGGUUUCCCGAGGUCGCCAGUGGCGACAGCGCAUUCCUGAUAUCGAGUGCGAAAAGCGACUUCACCGAGGAUCUUUACCCUGUUCUGUCUAUGGCCAAGAUUAGCCCUUGUUUCGCGGAUAUUCUCUUUCCUAUCCAGUACUACUACAUGCGCUCCUGGUGGUAUCGCAAGUUUGCCUAUCCCAACAACAUCGCCUGGGAGGACAAGAAGUCUCAACUUUACUGGCGCGGAAUCGCGAGUGGCGGCCAGAUUGUGCAUUCCAACUACCACAACUUCACCCGCUUCAAGGUCGCCGACCUGUCGCGCGCCCAUCCUGACGAGAUCGACGCGAAGAUAACGUCGUUUGCGAACGAGCUGUGCGCCCCUGAAGUAUGCGAUAGGUCGGCGAUCGUUGCAGAGUAUGGCAUCGACGAGAUGAGGACGUCCAAGGAAGCCGUCUAUGGGUACAAGUACCUGCUGGACGUUGAUGGGACGACGUUUUCGGGGCGAUUCUUGGGCCUAUUGAAAUCAGGGAGCUUGGUCUUCAAGAUGACACUUUUUGAGGAGUACUUCAACGGGUGGCUCCGCCCAUAUGAGCACUACAUCCCUGUCGCCUCUGAUCUCUCGGACCUGCUGGAGAAACUCGCGUGGGCGAAGGAAAACGAGGCUGAAGCUCGGCUGAUCCAAGAGCGUGGACGAGAGAUGACCGAGCAAGUCAUGACAGACGAGCAAAACGAUUGUUACUUUUCCCUGGUUUUACUCGAAUGGGCCCGGUUACAGGAGAUUUCACGGAAUGCUACUGGAUUUCAUUGA